GCGACCUUCCCCGUGCGCCUCAGAAGAAGUGGGUCCAUGGUGUUUUUUUCCUGGUGGAUGAUCGUGGCCUGCUCUGGAUCUAACCUGUCAAAACUGCUCCAAAACGCACCAACGCGGACCAAACAGCUGCUUACAUAAGGUGAUAUUUGAUGACAGUGAUUGGGAAUUGAGCAGACCAAAGAAAAAGUUCGCCAUUCCCCUCCCCAUCCUCCCGUCCUCACCCUCUCCUCUCAAAGACAUCUCUAAUCAUGAAUGAAGUUAGUAUAGUGAGAGAGGGCUGGCUCCAGAAAAGAGGUGAAUACAUCAAAACUUGGAGGCCCAGAUAUUUCAUUUUAAAAAGUGACGGUUCCUUUAUCGGCUACAAAGAAAAACCUGACCUCAAUGACCAGAGUUCUCCUCCUCUCAACAACUUCUCAGUAGCACAAUGCCAGUUAAUGAAGACUGAAAGACCAAAGCCAAAUACAUUUGUGAUCCGUUGCCUUCAGUGGACCACUUUCAUCGAACGAACUUUUCACGUGGACACUAAUGAGGAGAGAGAGGAAUGGAUGCGGGCCAUUCAGUCAGUGGCCAACAGUUUAAAGAUGCGCGAGGAAGAAGAGGAGGAGCCCAUGGACGUGUUUGGUUCACCGAGCGAGUGCAGUUUGGAAGAGAUGGAAGUGGCUAUGUCCAAGAGUCGCAAUAAAGUGAACAUGAGUGACUUUGAAUAUCUAAAGUUGCUCGGUAAGGGGACGUUUGGAAAAGUGAUUCUCGUCAAGGAAAAGUCUACUGGAGUACACUAUGCCAUGAAAAUACUGCGUAAAGAAGUAAUUAUAGCUAAGGACGAGGUUGCCCACACAGUUACAGAGAGCAGAGUUUUACAAAACACACGUCACCCUUUUCUCACUACACUGAAAUAUGCCUUCCAAACACACGAUAGGUUGUGUUUUGUUAUGGAGUAUACCAAUGGAGGCGAGCUGUUCUUCCACUUGUCACGUGAGCGGGUCUUCACUGAGGAUCGGGCUCGUUUCUACGGGGCAGAGAUCGUAUCAGCGCUAGAAUACCUUCACUCACGAGAUGUUGUGUACCGCGACCUCAAGCUGGAGAACCUUAUGCUGGACAAAGAUGGGCACAUUAAAAUCACAGACUUUGGCCUUUGUAAAGAAGGUAUCACAUCUGACGCCACCAUGAAGACCUUUUGUGGAACACCUGAGUAUCUCGCUCCUGAGGUUCUGGAGGACAAUGACUAUGGCCGUGCUGUGGACUGGUGGGGUCUGGGCGUGGUCAUGUACGAGAUGAUGUGUGGUCGUCUGCCUUUCUAUAACCGCGAUCACGAGCGACUGUUUGAACUCAUCCUAAUGGAGGAGAUACGCUUCCCCAGAAACCUGUCUCCAGAGGCCAAGUCCCUCCUGGCCGGCCUGCUCAAGAAGGACCCCAAGCAGAGGUUAGGUGGAGGUCCUAACGAUGCCAAAGAUGUCAUGGGUCACAUUUUCUUCAUCAGCAUUAACUGGCAAGACCUCGUACAAAAGAAGAUCACCCCUAUUUUCAAACCCCAAGUGACUUCAGAGACGGACACGCGGUACUUUGACGAGGAGUUCACAGCGCAGACUAUCACACUCACACCUCCAGACAAACAGCUCAAUCUGGACUGUGAGGACCCCAGACAACAAGCACAUUUCCCCCAGUUCUCCUAUUCAGCCAGCAUAAGAGAGUGAUGCACCAGUGCAUACACGCACACACUGACACAAACAUAAGCCGUGUGUCAGAUGCCUUUGUCGCCAGCAACUAUGAACUCACCACAAUCUCCAUCGGACAUUUAGUCCUGGCAAGUGCCUCAGCUGGCGGCCAUAUUCUUUACACUACGGACAAAGCCAAGCCGCAUUGGCUAUACUGUAUCAAACUGGACUCCAGUACCUCACAUAGUCAUCAGCACAACUUCACUUCACAGGCUAACCUGAGCGUAGCACCUUCAGAGGGCCUAGCAGCACUGCUGUUUCAGACUGUCAGACACCUGGGAUCUUUAAGGUCUCCUGAAAAGCCAUACACUGUUUCAAGUGCUCUUUUUCAGAUUAGCUUUUACUCACUGUAGACUGGAUCUAAUAAGGAAGGAACAGGAGCGGCAGUUUGACUGUCUGCUGGUGUGCGUGUGUUUUGGGGCAUCACAUCUAAAGCGGUAAGAGUAACAGUGUUGAGAAUUGUUUAGUGCCUUUCCACACCUUUACUCGAUAUCUGUCAGGAACAACAAACGUGAGUAUGCAAGAUAAACACCUAAAGAACCAUUUAAAGAAAUCAUGGAAUGUGAUGGCUGUAACUGAUUUGUAAAUGUCACAGCUCAUAAUGGGUUUUGGGAAUAGCUAAAUACACAAGGUGUAUAUUAUUUUUUUUUUUUAAACGAGGGUUUUAAUUCUGAUGCAUUUUGAUCUUUCUUUAUCGUCAAGAUAAACACCAUGUGAUUUAAGAGGGUCAAUAAGCACUUAGUGAUUUAACGCAGACCUCAUUUUGUAAUGGGACCAUGUUCACAGUGUAGGUCCUCCAAUGCUGUAUCCGGCACCUGCACAAGAUCAUCUCAACCAUGUGAGGAACGACAUACUCGUCUGGUUCAUAGACUGUACAAAAGGUUUGUAUAUACAGUUUAUGAUCAGGUUGUGUGAUUAGAGUUUUCUCUGUGUAACUAUACAACAACACUAUUAGUCGGGGUCAUUACAAUUCUACUUUCAUAUUAUUUAACUGCUUUGUGUCACUUCCAUAAUACAAGCAAGCUCUUCUGGAUUAUCAGUAUUUGAUUAUUUUCUAUCAGAGGACUUUGUUCACAGAAAAGAACAGUGCAAACAGUAGCAAUUUGCCCUAAUUUUAAAGUCAUUCAACCUACAUUAUGAACAUGGUCCAUUAAUAGAUUUUGUGUUUUGUGAGUGCAGUUGUGACUAGUGAGGAUGUCUUUUUAUUAUAUUCACUUCUCCCCAAUUGUGAUAAAUGGCUGCACAUCAAAUAGUAACAAGGAAGAGGUGCACUGUAUUGAUUAGCAAUACUGAUGUAAUACUGUACAUGUGCCCAUCAAUGUACUGGUGCUACGCUGAACCUCCAGUGAGAAAUGGGGCUGCUUCAGCAAACCUGUUCCAGUGAACACAGGAUCCACUGCCUUUGCUGUUUCAAAUAAUUGUAUGUUUUUGGAUGUACUUUUCAAAUGGCUGUCCAUCCCUUUUACUAUUCCUCCAGUUCUUCAGAGAUGUUCUGAAACAGGGAAAAUUCCCAACUGUUGAAUGAAAUGUAUGUUUUUCAGUUACAUUAUCUAUUCAAACUAUUUGUUUCUAUUUGUCUAUGAAUGUAAAACUGAAAGACAAUGAUUGAAUACACAUUUUACCUGUC